AUGGCGGCGAUGCAAGUGGCCGAGUCGCUGCCGGGCGGGCAGGCGCGAGACGUUCCACGAGAGCCACCGCCCGAGCAGGGCAGUCGGUUCCGCUGCUUGUCGGCCAGGCUCUGCGCCCUCCGUCCUGACGACAGCAGCUCCGCCCGCACCGAGAUCCACCUGCUCUUCGACCAGCUCAUCUCUGAGAACUACGGCGAGGUCGGCGGCGUGGCCCCGGAGGAUGUCAGUGCUCUUCUUGUCCAAGCUUGCCGACUGGUGCCUCUUAAUCAGAAUCAUCUUGUCAGCAAAGUGUCUCAACUUAUCCACCAUUUACUUAACAGAUUACAGGUGAUUGUUGAUGAACAAAACCUGGAUUUCCUGUUGGCAUAUACUAUUUCUGCUAUUCAGCAGUGUAGUUCCUGGACACACAUGGAGAUUCUCCAAGCCCUGGCAGCUCUGGUUUACUGCAAUGGCUCAAAAUGUCAAAAGUACCUCCCAGACUUGCUCGGCAAGAGCGGGAUUUUGAUGAAGUUGAGUGACUCGGCUCAGCCCGACCCUGAAGCUAGGAGAGCUGCAGUGCACUGCAUGGCAAACUUGUGUCUCAGUGUACCAGGACAGCCAUACUUGGAGGAACCCUACCCAAAUAUCUGCUUCCAGGCUUUCUUGACCACUUUACAGUCUCCAAAAUCAUCUGAUAUGGAUGAUAUCACGUUUUGCAUGUUGUUACAAAAUGCAUUGAAAGGUAUACAGUCUCUUCUCAAUGGGGGUAAGAUGAAACUGACACAGACCGAGGAACUUGGAGCUCUUCUGGCUGUGCUAAAGAAAUCUAUGUUUCACGGACUCCCGGGACUAAACAUAGAGCUGCCCACGGUGUUAUACCCCACUCCGCUUCCUCAGUAUGACGGGCGGCCACCUGUCAAACUGCAGCAAUCCGAAUCCAACACUUCUCGACCAGCUGUGAAUAAAAAGAAGAAAUCAAAAGUAAAAUCAAGGAAAAUCCAGCAAGAAGAGGAAGAGGAAGAAUCCAGUGGUGAAAGAGAAGCAGCCCCCAUCACUGGCUCAGGCAAAGAGAACCUGCGUGAGGGGAGCACUCCCUGCUCCUCCUCCCUGGGAGUCCGAAGUUUGCCUGUAGAGGGAAGCAGCAUGGCAGGAAGAGACCGAGUCUCCACCCCCUUCCGUUCUGCCAGUUGGAAAAAGGUCAGCAGUAGUGAGUCUGACUAUUCGGAUGCUGAAGGAGGCAUGCAGAGUAAAAUGAGGUCUUACCAAGCCAAAGUUCGCCAAGGAGCAUUAGCUUGUUUUCUUUCUACUAUAAAAUCAAUAGAAAAAAAAGUUCUUUAUGGCUACUGGUCAGCCUUUGUUCCUGAUACACCCGAGCUUGGAAGCCCUCAGUCAGUGUCCCUGAUGACUCUUACGUUAAAAGAUCCUUCUCCAAAGACACGUGCGUGUGCUCUGCAAGUUUUAUCCGCCAUCUUGGAAGGCUCAAAGCAGUUUCUUUCUGUUGCUGAAGACACCAGUGACCACAGAAGGGCUUUUACUCCCUUCUCCGUGAUGAUCGCAUCCAGCAUUAGAGAGUUACACAGAUGUCUUUUGUUAGCUUUGGUGGCGGAGUCAUCCUCACAGACCCUCACUCAGAUAAUUAAGUGCCUUGCAAAUUUAGUAUCAAAUUCACCUUACAACCGUCUGAAACUCAGCCUGUUGACCAAAGUCUGGAACCAGAUAAAGCCUUAUAUCCGCCACAAAGAUGUGAAUGUUCGAGUGUCAAGCCUCACUCUCUUGGGAGCCAUAGUGUCCACUCACGCGCCUCUACCUGAAGUCCAGCUCCUUUUACAACAGCCCUGCUCUUCCGGACUCAGCAAUAGCAAUUCAGCAACUCCUCACCUCAGCGCUCCUGAUUGGUGGAAGAAAGCCCCCUCGGGACCCUUUUUGGAAGAGGCUUCAGUUAGCUCCCCUAAGGGGUCUUCAGAGCCUUGCUGGCUCAUCCGACUUUGCAUUUCCACUGUUGUACUGCCCAAGGAGGAGUCCUGUUCCAGUAGUGAUGCUGGCUGUGCAGCGGGGAGCAUCUAUGAACCAUCCCCCAUGCGAUUGGAGGCCUUACAGGUGUUAGCUCAUCUGGCCAAGGGCUACUUUUCAAUGGCUCAAGUGUACUUAAUGGAGCUUGGAGAGGUGAUUUGCAAGUGCAUGGGGGAAGCAGAUCCGUCUAUUCAGCUUCAUGGAGCAAAGCUUCUGGAAGAACUGGGGACAGGCUUAAUACAGCAGUAUAAACCAGAUUCUACCAUAGCUCCUGACCAGAGAGUGCCAGUCACCGUGGUGGUGAUGUUCUGGACGAUGAUGCUAAACGGCCCUCUGCCCAGAGCCCUGCAGAACUCAGAGCACCCAACCCUGCAGGCGAGCACCUGUGACGCCCUGUCUUCCAUCCUGCCCGAGGCCUUCAGCAGCCUGCCGAGCGACAGGCAGAUCCUGUGCAUCACCAUGCUGCUUGGGCUGAACGACAGCAAGAACCGUCUAGUGAAAGCGGCGACCUCGCGGGCCCUUGGAGUCUAUGUGCUUUUCCCCUGUCUCAGACAGGAUGUCAUAUUUGUUGCAGACACAGCGAAUGCAAUAUUGAUGUCACUUCAAGACAAAUCUCUGAAUGUCCGGGCCAAAGCAGCCUGGUCCCUGGGCAACUUGACAGACACUCUGAUUGUCAACAUGGAAACCCCAGACCCAAGUUUCCAGGAAGAGUUCUCUGGUCUCCUGCUCUUGAAGAUGUUGCGAUCAGCUAUAGAAGCGUCCAGGGAUAAAGACAAGGUAAAAAGCAACGCAGUGCGGGCCCUUGGAAAUUUGCUUCAUUUUUUGCAACCGUCUCAUAUAGAAAAGCCCAGGUUUGCUGAAAUCAUUGAGGAGUCUAUCCAGGCCCUCAUCUCUACUGUGCUGAAUGAGGCUGCCAUGAAAGUCCGAUGGAAUGCUUGCUACGCAGUGGGGAAUGUAUUUAAAAAUCCUGCUCUUCCAUUAGGAACAGCCCCGUGGACCUCCCAGGCCUACAACGCCCUGACGUCGGUUGUGACAUCAUGCAAGAACUUCAAAGUGCGCAUCAGAUCUGCCACUGCCCUUUCCAUCCCGAGCAAGAGAGAGCAGUAUGGGUCAGCUGAGCAGUACGUUCAGAUCUGGAACGCAUUGGUCACUGCCUUACAAAAGAGCGAAGACACCACAGACUUUUUGGAGUUUAAGUACUGUGCCAGCCUACGGACCCAAAUCUGCCAGGCACUGAUCCACCUCUUGAGUUUGGCCAGUGCCUCAGACCUGCCCUGCAUCAGAGAAACCCUCGAAUCGAAUGGGGACAUGGUGCAGUCCUUUAUCCUACAGUUUUUAAAAUCAGGAGCAGAGGGAGAUGAUACUGCAGCACCCCACAGCUUGCACGAAAGAGACCAGAUGGUCAGAACGGCCCUGGAGCACAUAGGCAGCAUCCAGGCACUGGCUGGCGACUCAGCCAAAAGGGCCAUCAUGGACUUUCUAGAAGAUACCCUCACCAUUUAUUUUGACUCCUCUGGAUCACAGGUAGCACUCCUGGGACUGACAGAUCGGUGA